ACAACAAAACAUCAUAAUUCUUGCCGACCCACACUUUAUUUUUGAUACGUUGGAUUCACAGGCACGCACAUCAACUUAUCAAAUUUAUAUUUAACCACACAACACCUGCAGCCAUGUUAUCCAAGUUCAUUAUCCACCGGCCGCUGUGCCUUGCGUGUUCUCUGUCCCAUGCAUUCCCAUAAUCCCAAAAAAUCUUGUUUCUUACAAGCAUGAGUAACCAGGAUCAAGCUCGCCAAAAGCUGCACAGCACAAGCAAAGAUCCUGAAUCUCGACCUCAAUGACAUCACAUCCAGAUGUUUUCCUGUUCUUCCAAUCUUUUUCGAUCUAUGAAGUCCCACUACUCCUUUCGCUGGAUUUUCCUUCAUAAUUUCAAUUAACCCACAGUCAGAAACCAGUUUAACUAUAAAGCCUAUCCCCAGGGAAAAAUUUCAAUACUAUGUCCUUUGUACUCGAACCAUCCUCAGAAGCAUAUCGCGAACGCAAAGCCAAGAAAGAACGCUCGCAACCUCAACCACAAGAUCAACAACUUCAAAAACAAGCUCAACCUCAAAACAACCAACAAAAUAUGUCAAUGCAACAGCAACAAAAUGGAGGGCAAUUAGCUCACAAUUUUCAACCACACCAACAAGCAAAACAGCCUGAUACAAAGAAACCUCAAUACAAGGGAGGAAACUAUGGACCGGGUACCAUCUCUCAACGUAUCGAAAAAGCCAUGCACGAUCUCGAGCAUCAAACAUGGCGCUGUCGUCUCGACAAACCUUCCGCACUUCUCGAAUACAUUGACCCUAAAGCCGUAUUUGCAUCUCCCGAAUACGGUAUUUUGACCAAUGAUUCCGAACCGACUCUGAAAGAAACACUCGAGGAUGAUGAUAUGCGCACCUGGAAUUCGUAUGAAAUUAAAGAUAUGAAGAUUGUGGAGGUGAGCAUGAUGGCUGCAGUGGUGGUCUAUGAUGUGACGGCUAGUAUUACCGAUGAGAAGGGAAAUCAGAAGGGCAUUUAUAGGGCGUAUUGUACGAGUUGUUGGAAACAAGAGGCGAGUGCGGAAUGGAAGUUGUGUACUUAUACUGAGGCGCCGCAUCCUUAGUGGAAGGGGUGGGAAUGUGUAAUGGAACGGGAAAAGAAGGAAAAGGGAUUAAUCACGACGUUAUGUUAUAUCUUGGUGCGGAUGACCAUGGUAUCUGUUGGAUGAGGCAUGGGCUGGCACGGGCAUGUUUGGUGUUUGGAUAGGAUGAUAUAGGAGUUUCAAUGGAUAUUUCUUCAUCACCAAUAUUGUUU